CACACGAAAUCUUAGAGAACCUACUCCGUUCUCAGAAACUCGCCACUCCUCUGCUUUUCAUAUUUAGAAACAAUUGGAAACCAACUUGCCCUUGCUAUGAAUUUGUAUAAUUACGAUGAAAAAAAGCUAUCUUCUUUCAAGAGAGUAAACAGACGGGAAAGGGGUUAGGCAGAUACUAAGCGGAAGGGCUUGUAUACUAUAAGAGGAUGUAUUGAUUUAAUCACAAUUAAAAGUUCACAACAGUUGACUGGGAUACCGCGAUUUUCCGGAAUGUAUCAGAAACAAAACAAACAAACAAACAAAGGGAAACUAACUGAUUCGUAACUAUCAGGCUUGAUUUGUACAAGAAUGAAUAAAGCUGCUGGAGCCUUGUUUUUUCCUUGCUUUAAUCGCAAUUCUUGUCGGAGGAAGCUGGUCAGAACGGUACCUUAAAGGCAAAGUCUAGCCGCGAUUAAUCCUCGUUUUCAAAGCUGGCCCGUCGUGCAGAUACAUUUUUACGGUGAGACACAAAGCUGUAAUUGAAUUUAGUGGAAACCAAGAAUCUUAAUAACAAAAGCAAGAACGUUGACUUUGACGGGUCUGGUAGAAAUUCAACGCCAUUAACAGAACAUUACUGCAGCCAUUUCAAGUUGCUUCUAUUUUAACAAAUUCAUUUGGCACAAACACCUGUACAAAGGUGAGAACAGAUAAAUGUUAAAAAUAAAAUAAUUAACAUGGAUAACAAAAAUGGCAGUAACGCAACAAACAACCUUGGCAAGGAAGAUGUGAACAAAAGCGACUACAGAGGAGCAUUAGUUCUCUUUGGAUUGCUUUCAAUAUCUGCCAUUGCUGCUAACAGCCUGAUCCUGGUGCUGAUCUGGAAAAAAAGACAUCUCCGCACCACUUCCAACACAAUUCUUGCCAGUCUCGCAGUAAGUGACCUUCUCACUGGCGUGGUGGCAGUGCCGAUGGUGAUUGCGUGCACAGAGACGUUAAUACAGGAUGUCUGCAUCGCCAUGGACAUCUCAAAUCGUUUCCUGGCCUUCUCAACUGUGGCCCACCUUAUUAUUUUAUCCGUCGACCGUUAUAUUAGAAUAAUCAAGAUCUUACAAUAUCCGUCCAUCGUCACUAAAGUAAGACUCGCUUGGACGUUGGCAUUCACGUGGGUGUUCUCACUACUGGCUUCAUUGGUGCAGCUAACUUGGGUUCUACACGCCACAAUGGAUGAUGACACAAUGAUCCGCUUUGACCUAGGAUACGACUUCUUUCACAUGAUUGCCCUCGUUAUGGUGCCCCUCUUCUUGAUGAUAAGUAUCUAUACGAAACUUUUCAUCCAUCUUCGCUGGCAAUGCAAGGAGAUCCACAGCGAUUUGUCUGGACACACGGUGUCACAGUUUAAUGCAAGGAGACGAAAAGUGAAUGAAAAAAAAACUGCUUUCUUGUUCAUUGCAAUGAUCGCAGUCUUCAUAUUUGGCCUGUUUUUGUAUUUUUUAUGGGCGAUUAUAGACGAUUUGGAAGUAAUAGGGCUUCUUAACAUAGAGCGAAGCGCACAGAACAUAAUUGUCCCUGUCAUCAUUUUCCUUCGCUUUUUGAGCGCGCUAUGUAAUCCCCUUCUGUGUACAUUCAUGAAGCAAGACUUUUUAGACGCUUUGAAAUCCUUUCUGAAUGCGUUAAAAAGUUCGAGAAGGGUUUAACGAAGACCCCUUUUGUAGAGCAAUCUACUAAGAACUACACCUAACUGUUUACAUUUUUUAGCAAAAAAAAUUAUCUCUGAUAGACGUACCAAAGGUUUGAGUGUAGGCCAGCGUUUCGUGAUGAUGACCCAUUUUUAGUCGUAAAGUUGUCAAUUUUAUCUAAUGGACGACACAUCCAAAGCGCAGCUUCCAGUUCUCGCAUGAAACAGUUCAGUACAGAAGGCUAUGUUGCAUAGAUAGACAACCCGCUAAACUUCUUAUUUCCAUGGAUACUUGUGUGGAUAGUUCCUUACUACAAUUCAAUUCAACUCGUUUAUUCUCUAUUUCUUUCUUAAUUUUCCGUUCACUUGCUAAUUUCAAUUUUCAAUUAAUAUUUUUCCACGAAACUCAACACAUCUUUCAGAAAGGGUUUUUUGUGCCAUUCGUUGAUAAUCUGUGAGCUCUGAUACAAGAUGCGGGCCUGCAGGCUAAAGCUUUCAAGGCUCAUGUUCUUUUAACGUUAGGAUAUUUUUUUUUCUUCACGGGGUCUUUAGGAAUGACAUUUUAAGUUUCUCCAAAUGUACCUACUUGACAACUUAAUCAGGAUUGCACGAUUUUGCCAUACAAACGUUCUUUAGAAAAGAGUGUCAAUCGUUGCCUAGCG